AUGCAGACCUCCUUCCCAGCGGCUCUCUUCGCAACCCUGCUGGCGCUUACAUCCAUAUCCUACGCCUAUCAUGCUGACACGAUCAGCUGGCGGCGAUUACUCACACUUAACGGCGAUAAAAUUGAUUCAGCAUCCGGCCAAGGUCAAGAUAACACGGAGGCACUGGCGUCUACUCUACAAUCAGCCCUCCUCAAAAUAUUUGUCAGCUGGAGCAGCACCGACGACACAAUUUCUGCACUUGAUCAGGACGUGCCCGAUGGCAUCCAUGACGAGCCGUAUGAUGAGCAGCAGCUCUUGUUACACCUUCUUCAAAUCCUCAACGUGGCCGAAAGUCUGUCUCAAGCACCCGAUAGCUGCAAGAGCAGCGCUGGCGGCAGCAGCGACGCGACAUCGCCCUCCUGCCCCGCCCCCGCCCCCGAGCUGCUCCAGGGCAACACCCUGUCCUUCCUGUCCUCCGUCCUGCGCACCUACCCCCGCGGCCCCACCAGCCGGCAAGCCCUGGUCAACUGGACCGCAGCCGCCACCGCCUUCCUGCAGGACCACCAACGAAGACAGCGCCAGCAGAGACUAGCCACACAACGAGCGGUGGACCACCAUGCGGCGAUGGUGGCGGCGAACCUGGCGGCAUCUCGGACGCAUGGGGGAAGGAGGAGGACAUCGGCUAGGACGACGGAGAUGGAGAUGGCGGAAGCCGUUCUGGGACAGGGCACGGCAGCACGGCAACAGGGCUCGUCGAUGGGUGACUGUGGGAAAAGCAGAUCCAACUCCUCCCCGGGCGCCUCCUCAGGAGGCCUUGUACGGCGAGUACUGCUGGCGCAGCUGCUGCUGGGCUGGGCAACCGGCCUGCAGAAGGAGCUGCCUGUCUCGGAUGACGUGGCAACUGGCCUGGCGAAGGCCUUCACGAUGUUGUACUACAUCCAUGUGGAUUCUGUUGUGGAUCGAGCAGCGCUGGAAUACUUCCACAUUUCCAAGGCCGGAGGCACCAGUUGGACUGCGGCGGCGACUAUAGCCCUUUUCUUCUGCACUCUCAUCCCUGGUCGGGCUCCGCAUGUACCUGGCAGGGUUUGCCCUCGGUACGGCAUAAUGGAGCGGCGAUCUGCACUGCGGGACUGCGGCCGUCGCCUCGAGCACUUCCGUCGUAUAGGCCUGCAGUACACAAACAACGAGUAUACACUGCACGGCGGCCAAGACGGCAUGUACGGCACGCACAUAUGCCCCCAAUUUGUCAACGUAGCCACGAUUCGGGAGCCCCUGGAUCGUCUACUCAGCAACCUGCGCUACAUGCUCGUACAGCUCAAGCGGGAGAGGGCCUUGCCCGCGAAGCUGUUCUCGGAGGCCUUUUGUAACCGGUCCGCGGCUGACUGGGAGAUUUACGCCCCUCCCGUAGCGGAUAACUACAACAUACGGACGCUGGUGGGCGAGCGUGCCUUUCACACGCCGCUGCACGGCAUUGGGGAGGCCCAUGAGGCAGUUGCCAAGAAGCUGCUGCUGCAGUACGAUUUAGUUCUGGAUCUCAAUUCCGGCAGCCACGCGGCGGCUCUCCUCAUGCGGUCUGGGCUGGGUUGGAACACCACGCUGGCGGAUGUUCACAUCUGGACGUCGGAGAAGCUAGCCAGGAUGGGAAACCUGGACUUCAACACCUGCCCUCUGGGGGACGUUGAGCCGCUGCUGACAAGUCAGGGUUACGAUCAGCGAUGGUACAGUUUCGGUCGCGCUCUGAGUCACUUGGAUCAGCUGUUCCUCUCCACCGCCGCACAUUUGGGACUGAAGCCCUGGCCACAAGACUGGGAGGACAGACAGCUGGGUUCCCCACCGGCGGACGGCAUCGUGUGGUCGGAGUGCGGCCUUAUAGGCCUUGUACCGCCGCUGCCGCACCACAGCCUGCCGCCGAUUCUGGAAAAGCCGCCGUCCAACACCACAAUGGGGCUGUCGCCGUCCCCGUUGCCUUCGGGGCCCGCGGCUGUGGGGCGGAUUGCUGAGGCCGCUGGCGCUUCGGGGAUAAACAUCACAGACAGCACGGAAAUUCACCCAGCUUUCGUUACCAUUUGCCCGCACGGGCAUUCCGACUUGCGGUCUGCCGCACUGUCCAUGCGGCAUGCACCCGGAAUGGAUGCGAUUCGCGUGGAGCCCGCAGGCGGUGCUGACGAUUCCGCCGGUUUUCUCACCCUCCCUCCACCCCAAGCGCCGCCUCCAGGCCAUCUCCGCCUCGGCUUUGCCAUUUUGCCAUCUCUCCCUGAUUCGUACGGUAUCUUGAACCUUGCAAAACCUGCUAUGGGGUGGCAAGCAUCAUCAGCCAUGAACAGCAUACAAGGUGUGUGGAAACCCGCGAAAAGCUGCGAACAGCUUACAACGCGUGUGGAAAUCCGUGAAGAGCACACAAGGUGCUCUUCUGCAUUUGUCGCCAAGUGCGUUUAUGGAGAUCUUUCUAAUUAUCCUUGCUUGUCACAAGUCGGCAACCCUGCAAACCGGUCGGGAAGUGGUUGCUCCGGUACCUGGCCGCCUACAAGGCGUAAGGAAACCUGCAAACAGCUUACAAAUCUUGCGGAAACCGUGGACAGCAUAGAGCUCGCGGCUCUUCUGCGCACAUGCGGAAAGUCUUUAGUUGGCCUAGUACGGUAUGGUAAUCUGCUUUUCGCAGAGCUGCGUUAUCGUUUCAAACAAUCUGGACGGCGGUACGAUGCCCUUACGCUGGGUGCGCCCCAAGAAUUUGCCAUAUUUGGCUUGGACCAGGGGAAUCGUCUACGAAUACAACUGGCGAACGUGUCAGAAAAUUACCUCUUCGAGGGUCUGCGAUCCAGUCUGCAGUAUCCUCCCCAUACGUCCCGGAGUCAUCGCCAGACGCCUCCUCCGGCGGCCGCUGAUGCGCUGUUCACCGACCCCGGACCCGGCCCCCUGAAAGCGCCACGCGUUGGGCCCGUGCGGGUUGCGGAGCUCGGAGGCGGUCGCGGCCGUGGCCUGGUCACCACUCGUACGGUGCAGCCAGGGGAGCUGCUGCUGGCAGUACGACCGCUGGCUCUGGCAUGGGACGAGCAGUAUGGCGGUCGCGGAGCUGAGGCCGCGGGCGUUGCCAGUGCUGGGUCCAAAGCUGAAGUGGCGGACCCGGCUGAAGCCAAGUUUCUGGAGUUGCAACGGCAGCUUCUAGGCCGCAGUGGAGGCCUGAUGGUUAAGAUGGCAGUGGUGGUAGUGGUGGUAGUGGUGGUAGUGGUGGUAGUGGUGGUAGUGGUGGUAGUGGUGGUAGUGGUAGUAGUGGUGGUAGUGAUGGUAGUAGUGGUUGUGGUAGUAGUGGUGGUAGUGGUAGUAGUGGUGGUAGUGGUGGUAGUGGUGGUGGUGGUGGUAGUAGUAGUUGUAGUGAUGGUAGUGGUAGUAGUAGUGGUAGUGAUGGUAGUGGUAGUAGUAGUGGUAGUGGUGGUAGUAGUAGUGGUAGUGGUGGUAGUGGUGGUGGUAGUGGUGGUGGUAGUGGUAGUGGUAGUGGUAGUGGCUAAGGAGAGUAAUCAGAAAUGGCACUUGGGGCGGGAACUCCCAAUGCCCCGGAGAGAAGAAAAGAACGGAGGUUGCGGGGGUGAACGGGGGUUGGGGGCGCCGGGUGGGGCUGGUGGGGAAGUGUGGGCCGAGCUCUCUCUCGCGGCUACCCCUUUCUGGAUAGCUGCCCGUGUGGUUAUAACGAGGUGUGGCGCGAUAGCAGGUACCCGGGCCGUCAUCGCACGCUUCCGCCGAUCGCCUCCACACACACACGCCCUCUCUGUGUAUGAUCUGCCCCUCCCCGCCCGGCUGCGAGAUCUGGACACCUUGGCUGACCUGGUGCAGGCCAACUGUUUGGAGCCGGAUGGUGCAGCGGAGGACGAGUACGUGUUUUGGGCGAGACGGGAUGCGGCUGCUGCUGCUGCCACCGGCGCGGCGGCGGCGGCGGCAGCGACAUCAUCAGCCCAUUCGUCAUCAUCAUCAUCGUUGGCUCAGUCACCUGGUGCGACGAUCGCCGAUGCGCCAUUGUUGCAGCGGCGGCGGCGGCUUUGUGGACCCAUGGGUCUGUGGCCCGAGGCUGCGCUGCUGAACCACAGCUGCAUGCCCAACACGGUGGCGUACGUGGUUGGGGACACCCUCUUCGUGCGGGCGGCUCGGAAGGUUGGCGGGGGCUCCGAGCUUACAGUGUCGUACCUGCCGGUGGGGAGCGGGUACGGCGAGGAAGGCGCCGACGGUGACAUCGAGGACGAUGUUGGGGAUGAUGAUGCUGGCGAGACGGACGCGGACGCCUCGGAUGGUGGCAAUGAUGAUGGUGGCAAUGAUGAUGGUGAUGGUGAUGAAGACACAGCUGCGACGCUGUUGUCGCCGCGGGGUGUCCGCUGCAGGGCGUUGGAGGAGCUGCGGGGUUUUGUAUGCCGAUGUAACAGGUGUACGGCAGAGGAGUCCCUGGACCCCAAGCUCCGCGCGCUGAUGUCGGAUAUUUCCGCGGGGGUGGCGGCGCUGAGAGUCGACCUGAGGACCGCACUGGCUCUGGCAGAAUUGGACGAGGAGGAGGAGGAGGAGGCGGAGGGGGGAGAGGAGGGAGAAGAGCAGCUGCGGCCCGGGCGGAUGAUGGCAGGGCCGGGGGGUGAGGCGGUAGCGAAGGCGGCGGGUGAGGAGCGCAGGCAGCAGCGGCAGCGGCGGCAAGCAGCAGCAGCAGCGGCAGCAGCAGAGGACGGGGAGGACGAGGGUGGUGAAGGAGAGGAGGAAACAGAGGGCGGUCGCUGGCGGCAAAUGGUUGGAAGUGUUGUGGACCGGGCGGGGCUGUACGUGGAACUGAUGGACGCGGCCAUGGUGAAGCUGAGACUCACACCCGGACAGCAGAUCACGGCGCAGUCCGCCGUGGCGCCCCUUUACACGGUAUUGUGGGCGGCUCUCAGCGCCCGGGGGGAUGUGGAGCCGCGUCUGGCCGAGGUGGUGGCAGCACUGGUCGGGGAGGUGGCGCCGGGGUCAGCGGAUCACAUUUGGUGGACACUGGCGGCCAGGGAGACAGCCGAGAUGAUUGUGGCGGAGGAGGAGCUGGAGAUGGAGGCAGCCACUGUUGUGAGACGAGGUAGUGGUGGAGGCGGUGGAGGUGGUGGCGGUGGAGGUUUCUCGCGGCCCCAGGACGAUCGGGUCACCAUUGCGGAUAAGGCCUGCUACAAGGCCUUCACAAUCAGCCCCGCCCAGAUCAGACACGUCCUGCCACCACCACACGCAGCAAUGUCCGCACCAAUACCCCGGCGACAUGGCAGCAAGCAGGUGCGCGCGCCCAUGGUGGCGCGCAACUCCACAAACCCCCUACCCACCCGCCUCUCCACCCCACCCCAUCUCACCCCACGAACCCGCAUACAUACACGCACGCACACGUACUCCAUGAACAAGCUGAUAACUCGUCUGCGUGCCUCUGCUAAUCACUUCGCGAGCUCUCUGUGUUUUCAUUGCAUUCCUUUGGAAAAGAUAAUGGAAAAGAUAAUCUCUUCGCCCUCCCUGGAGGCCGAGCGGGCUUGCAGUGCCGAAUGUAGCGACCUGCAAACCGCAUUUGAUUGAAGGGCGCGCAGUGCAGGCGAAAAAGCACCGCUACUCAUGAGGGACACGCGCGAGAUGUGACCACCGCCAGCUGCAGAGCGCCCCUGCAGCGACGCCCUCCGCCAAACACCACGGUAGACUACACAUGACGGCGGCUCCUAGCGGAGCCCAUCACACCCACCAUCGCAACCAUUAUCGCAGGUAGCGAAAAUUAAUGUUC